ACUUCGGGUUUGAGAGGCUGAAGCAAGAUGGCGACUAAAAUAAGCAAAGAGAGUCCCCCUCCUUUUGAUUGUCCAUCAUGGGCAGGCAAACCGCCCCCGGGGCUCCAUCUGGACGUGAUGAAAGGAGACAAACUGAUAGAGAAACUUAUCAUAGAUGAAAAGAAGUACUACCUGUUUGGGAGGAACCCGGACUGGUGCGACUUCACCAUCGACCAUCAGUCGUGUUCGCGUGUUCACGCAGCCCUAGUUUACCACAAACACCUGAAAAGAGUCUUCCUUAUAGACCUCAACAGCACGCACGGUACUUUCCUCGGACACAUCCGCCUAGAGGCACACAAGCCUCAGCAGGUUCCCAUAGACUCUACAAUAUCUUUUGGGGCCUCAACACGGACCUACACGAUCAGAGAGAAACCCCAAACCCAAGGCAGCGCUGGCACAGGAGACAGUAAGACAGGCGACGAUGAGGAACUGAAGGGACUGCUCGGGCUUCCAGAGGAAGAGACGGAGCUCGAGAACCUGACGGAGUUCAACACAGCUCACAACAAGCGCAUUUCCCUGCUGACCAUUGAAGAAGGCAACCUGGAAAUCCAGAGGCCUAAGAGGAAACGAAGGAACUCCAGAGUCACCUUCAGUGAAGAGGACUCCAUCAUUAACCCAGAGGACAUAGACCCGUCGGUUGGACGCUUUAGGAAUAUGGUUCAGACUGCUGUCAUCCCCAUCAAGAAACGGAGAUCAGAGGGCCAAAACACUCUGGGUCUUGACGACCUGACUUCAAAACGCAUGCAUGGCUACAGCUUGGGCGGCGGUCUUUACGGGGACUUGCCUCCCAUCAGUCAUGAGAACCAACCAACAGGUGCUCCAGGAGGCGCUGCCAUGCAGGGAGGGCUUCCUCUUCCCUUCCCUAAUCCAGCACCAGAAGUAGACCUCGCCCCCGAGGCUCCACAGCCACCUGUCACUCUCAACCCUACACCUGUAACAGCCCCCUACCUCCCAGAGACCCACAACGAGCCACGCAAAAAGAAGUAUGCCAAAGAAGCUUGGCCGGGCAAGAAACCCACUCCGUCAUUACUCAUCUAACCAGUUUGUUAAAGCUGCUGACUCUCAGGUUACCAGCAGAUACAUCAGGGACUGUGACCUGGCAGAGCUAGAGCCGUUCACUAUUAUUAUUUUUUGUUGUUUUUUUUUGUUUUGUUGUUGUUGCGUUACUCAUUGUCAUAAGGUUAAAAAAAAAAAAAAAAAGACGUCACACAAUUUCCCUGUCACAAGAUAUCAUCACUAAGUCAGCAGAAUAUCGUUAAACAGAAUUAACCUAAACUUACAAGAUUUGACAGCGAGCCUCAGAGUGGCGCUCACAUUUUUGUUUGAGUGACAGACCACGCGGAUAUAAUGGGUCAUUUAGUUGUGUUUUGGAUGGAUUUGAUUUGAUGGAUGUACAGCUGUAUUUUUUUUUUUUUCUACACGUUUCAAUAAUUUUUCACUCCUUCAGAAUGUUGACAGUGCUUUUAAAGAAACGGCAAAAAAAAAAAAGAAGAAAAAACUACUUUUAUAUGAGAUAUUUUACUGUGAGAAGUCAGAAAAGUCAGAAACUCCACAUGUGAAGAAUUUCUGUCGAAAACAGGGCUGCUUUUUAUUUUGAAAAAACUUUAUUGAUAUUAAUGUGAUCCCAUAUUUUACUCACUCAAGGUUUCCAUUCCAUGUGUUAGACCAGUAUCAAAUCAACUGAAGUGUCUUGCAGUUUUAUUACGAGCCACUAGAUGGUGACUUGUGCACAAAGGUCAAAGAGUUUUCCAUUGGGGGUUUGACGGCAGGCUUGCAAGGUAGCAUUCGUUUACGGCCUGUUGCACUAGCCUUAACCAAAAUCUGUACGUGGCAUCCCAUGAGAAGCUUUCGAGUCAUUCAUUUGGAUUCUUGUGCAGGUUAAAGCCAUUUGGUCCUAACAGUAUACUGAUCGUACUUGUCCUUUUGACUUUUUCUGGUAUCGAGUUGAAAGUGGUUUGUUGCCAAUUUCCCAGCACAGAUCUACUGUAAAUACAAGGAUUUUACAGUUUUUUUGUUUUAUGUUUGGCAUUUAAUUGGACUGAAGUAGAAUAAAGCAGAAUGGAUUCCAGCACAAUAACAAAUAAUGUCAGUAAUAAAACAAUCAGAAUUAGACAGUUUGAGUGGUUAUAUAGCAUGUUGAUAUCAUUCACAUUAUACCGUUAUUACUUUUGUUUUCCUGAACCAAGGUGAGACAUAGGAACCGUCUUUGCACUCAGUAGUAAAUAGCAUAGUUCACUCUGUCCAACAUGUAAUCAGCUGGCUGUGUUAGGGUUUUAAAAAAAAAAGGUUUACCACAAGUUUAAAGCUCCGAUAAAACUUAUUCGAUAAUGUUUGGGAUUUUCAAACAGUACAGAGACGAUAGAAAGUAAAGAGAAAGAGAGAGAUGGAGGGAGAAUGGAUCCUACAACGCUGUACUCACAUUACAUCUCUACUCACAUUACAUGAAAUGGAACCUGACCAUAAGGCCACCUCAACAAUUCCUUCUGUUUUCUUUUCAAAGAAGUGUGUGUGUGAACCAACAAGGUGUCAAGACUGAAAACUAAUGGGUACUAUAUAUUGUUUUGGUGGAACUAGGAGAAAGACCACCUUAGUUUUCUUCAAAGUUCACGUGGCCAUUUUAUGGAAUCUUUAAAAGGUUGCAAAUCUGGAAUUGAAAGAAAGAUCCAUUUCAUUUUUACAAACUGUGCUGGUGACUUUUUUGUCCUUGUGGGCGUGUGGAUUUUGUAAUGAUAUGACUGUAAAUAAAAAAUUAAUUACUUUUGA